AUGGCUGCAGCUGUGGUGGGGGUGGUGGAAGAAGGAUUCUGGGAGAAUGGACUUUCCUAUGAGUGUAGGACCCUGCUCUUCAAAGCAAUUCAUAAUCUUCUGGAAAGAUGCCUGAUGGAUAAAAACUUCGUAAGAAUUGGGAAAUGGUUCAUACGGCCCUAUGACAAGGAUGAGAAGCCAGUUAAUAAAAGUGAGCACUUGUCGUGUGCCUUCACGUUCUUCCUGCACGGGGAGAGCAACGUGUGCACGAGCGUGGAGAUCGCCCAGCACCAGCCCAUCUACCUGAUCACCGAGGAGCACAUCCAGAUGGCGCAGAGCUCCCCCUCGCCCUUCCAAGUGCUGGUGAGCCCUUACGGCCUGAACGGGACCCUGACGGGCCAGUCGUACAAGAUGUCAGACCCUGCCACUCGGAAGCUGAUGGAGGAGUGGCAGUAUUUCUACCCCAUGGUGCUGAAGAAAAAGGAAGGCAUGAAAGAGGAGGAAGAACUGGGAUAUGACAACGAUUUCCCUGUGGCAGUUGAAGUCAUUGUUGGGGGUGUGAGGAUGGUGUAUCCUUCAGCCUUUGUUCUCAUCUCCCAGAGUGACAUCCCGGUGUCACAGAGCUCUGCCAGUGCUGCAGGCCAUAUAAAUGUGGGACAGCAGGGGCUUGGAAGCGUGAAGGAUCCUGUCAGUACCUGUGGGAUGCCCCUGACUCCCCCCACCUCUCCAGAGCAGGCUGUUAUGGGAGAAAGUGGCUGCUCUCAGAGCAGCAUCAGCCACCCAGCUGUGCAGGAGGGGACAGUCAGUGUCCACAGUCCAAAGAAAUCAAGCAAGAUUACUCCCAAAUUUCACAACCGUAUUGUUCACCGCGUGUGGAAGGAAUGCAUCCUCAACAGGGCACAGUCCAAGAGGAAUCAAAUUACAGCUGCAAAUUUGGAGGAGGAAGUUCCUAACAAUAGUGUUUCAUGGGAUUUUGUGGAUCCAGUCCAAAGAGUCAGUUGUUCUUGUUCCAGGCACAAGGUGUUCAAGCAGCGCUGCGCCGGUGCCUCGGGCCGGCCCCCCACGCUGCCCCAGCCCGGCUUCCCCGUGGGGACGGCGGCGGCCUCGGCACUGCCCCCUCCUGCCUCCUCAAAGCACAAAACCACCGAGCGGCAGGACAAGGGAGAGAAGCUGCAGAAAAGGCCCCUGAUGCCGUUCCACCAUCGGCCCUCGGUGACUGAAGAGCUCUGCAUGGAGCAGGAGGCGGCCGGGCAGAAGCUGGGCCUGGCCGGGAUGGAGGCCGCCCUGGAAGUCCCCAGUUCCAGGAAAUACGAGAAGCCGCUCUCGCUACCUACUAGAAAUGCAAGCAAGCAAAUGAAUAUGAAUCCUAUGGAUUCACCCCAUUCCCCCACUUCCCCUCUGCCUCCCACCCUGAGCCCCCAGCCCAGAGGUCAGGAGGCAGAGAACCUGGACCCCCCUUCCGUUCCUGUGAACCCAGCACUCUACGGCAGCGGGCUGGAGCUGCAGCCGCUGCCCAGCUUAGAUGACAGGACAGUUGUGGUGGGACAGAGGUUACCUCUGAUGGCAGAGGUCAGUGAGACAGCCUUGUACUGUGGCAUAACUCAGAGCAACGAGGCCGUGGACGUGUGGAGGACCUAUAGCGUCCCUUCGAGUGACGACCCCGAGUUCCGGCCGCCGGAGCUGCCGUGUGAGAGGUAUGAUGGCAGGAUGGAGAUCAACCCUGACAGCACUGCACUGAAAAGGCUCUUAGCACAACCUAAUAAACGGUUUAAAAUUUUGGAAGAGCAGAAACCAGUGCAGACCUUGAACUAUCUUGACCCCUUGCCUCUACUACAACCCCCUGGAGAAGGCUGGGGGGACACCAGUGAUCCUUACACCUUUGAAGAUGGAGACAUCAAGUACAGUUUCACUGUCAAUAAAAAAUGCAAACUUGGGGCUGAGAAAGAUCCUUUGAAAAAGAACAAGUCAGAAGAUGGGAUUGGUUCCAAGGAACUCCCCCCAACGGGCCAUUCCACACCAGUUCCUGAUGGAAAAGAUGCCAUGUCCAUUUUCAGUUCUGCUCCUAAGACUGACCCGCGGCAGGAGGGCGCUGCCGGCAGGGCCGGCUCCGGCAGCCUCACCCAGGUCACCGACCUGGCCCCGUCCCUGCACGACCUCGACAACAUCUUCGACAACUCCGACGAGGAUGAGCUUGGGGCCGUGUCCCCAGCCCUGCGCUCCUCCAAGCUGCCGGCAGCGGGCUCCGAGGAGCGGCCGCUGGGCAAGGACGGCCGGACCGCGGUUCCUUAUCCUCCCACUGUGGCAGAUCUCCAAAGGAUGUUCCCAACACCACCCUCUUUAGAACAGCACCCUGCCUUCUCCCCAGUGAUGAAUUACAAAGAUGGAAUAAGUUCAGAGACUGUGACUGCCUUGGGAAUGAUGGAGAGUCCUAUGGUCAACAUGGUUCCAACACAGCUGGCUGAGUUUAAAAUGGAGGUGGAGGAUGGAUUAGGUAGCCCUAAACCUGAAGAAAUUAAGGAUUUUUCGUAUGUGCACAAAGUUCCAUCAUUUCAACCUUUCGUGGGCUCUUCCCUGUUUGCUCCACUGAAGAUCCUGCCCAGCCAGUGCCUCCUACCUCUGAAGAUUCCAGAUGCCUGCAUCUUCAGGCCUUCUUGGGCUGUCCCUCCAAAAAUUGAACAACUUCCAUUGCCACCUGCAGCCACUUUUAUCAGAGAUGGCUACAACAACGUGCCCAGCGUGGGCAGCCUGGCGGACCAGGACUACCUGCAGAUGAGCACGCCCCAGAUGAGCACGCCGGUGACGCUCAACAGCGCGGCCCCCGCCAGCAACAGCGGCGCGGGGGUGCUGCCGUCGCCGGCCACGCCGCGCUUCUCGGUGCCCACGCCGCGCACGCCGCGCACGCCCAGGACUCCCCGGGGCGGGGGCACCGCCAGCGGCCAGGGCUCCGUCAAGUACGACAGCACGGACCAGGGCUCCCCCGCCUCCACCCCCUCCACCACGCGGCCGCUCAACUCGGUGGAGCCGGGCACGGUGCAGCCCAUCCCGGAGGCGCACAGCCUGUACGUGACCCUCAUCCUCUCCGACUCCGUGCUCAACAUCUUCAAGGACAGGAACUUCGACAGCUGCUGCAUCUGCGCCUGCAACAUGAACAUCAAGGGCGCCGACGUGGGGCUGUACAUCCCCGACUCGUCCAACGAGGAUCAGUACCGCUGCACCUGCGGCUUCAGCGCCAUCAUGAACCGCAAGCUCGGCUACAACUCCGGGCUCUUCAUCGAGGACGAGCUGGAUAUUUUCGGCAAGACCUCGGACAUCGGCCAGGCUGCAGAAAGGCGACUGAUGAUCUGCCAGAGCAACCUGAUCUCGCAGAUGGGAGAGGGAGCCAGGAGGAGCCAGGAGCCUCCCAUGAGCCUCCUGCUGCUGCUGCAGAACCAGCACACGCAGCCCUUCACCUCGCUGAGCUGCCUGGAUUACAUGGCCUCCAACAACCGCCAGACGCUGCCCUGUGUCAACCUGAGCUACGACCGGCUGCAGGCUGACAGCAACGACUCCUGGGUGGAAUGUUUCAAUGCCCUGGAGCAGGGCAGGCAGUACGUGGACAACCCCACGGGGGGCAAGGUGGACGAAGCCCUUGUCCGAAGUGCCACUGUCCACUCCUGGCCUCACAGCAACGUGCUGGACAUCAGCAUGCUCUCCUCCCAGGACGUGGUGCGCAUGCUGCUCUCCCUGCAGCCCUUUCUCCAGGAUGCCAUCCAGAAGAAGAGGACAGGAAGGACCUGGGAGAACAUCCAGCACGUGCAGGGACCACUCACCUGGCAGCAAUUCCAUAAGAUGGCAGGACGGGGGACCUAUGGCUCUGAGGAAUCUCCUGAGCCUCUCCCGAUCCCGACGCUGCUGGUGGGCUAUGACAAGGACUUCCUGACAAUCUCUCCCUUCUCCCUGCCCUUCUGGGAGAGGCUCCUGCUGGACCCCUACGGGGGCCACCGGGAUGUCGCCUACAUCGUGGUGUGUCCGGAAAAUGAGGCCUUGCUCGACGGAGCCAAAACUUUCUUCAGGGACUUGAGUGCUGUAUACGAGAUGUGCAGACUGGGGCAGCACAAGCCCAUCUGCAAAGUGCUGCGGGACGGGAUCAUGCGGGUGGGCAAGAGCGUGGCGCAGAAGCUGACGGACGAGCUGGUGAGCGAGUGGUUCAGCCAGCCCUGGGGCUCCGAGGACUGUGACAAUCAUUCCAGGCUCAAGCUCUACGCGCAGGUCUGCCGCCAUCACCUCGCACCUUACUUGGCCACCCUGCAGCUGGACAGCAGCCUUCUGCUGCCCCCCAAGUACCAAACGCCGGCUCCGAGCCAGCCUCAGGCAGCUCCCACGUCGGAGCGGGAGCGGAUCGGGAUCCCCACGGAGCCGGACGCUGCCGACAGCAACGCCUACCCCCCUGCUGUGGUCAUCUACAUGGUGGACCCCUUCACCUACACUGCCGACGAGGAGUCUGCCUCCACCAACUUCUGGCUCCUGAGCCUCAUGAGAUGCUACACAGAAAUGUUGGACAACUUGCCUGAGAAUAUGAGGAAUUCUUUCAUUCUCCAGAUUGUGCCUUGCCAGUACAUGCUGCAGACAAUGAAGGAUGAACAGGUUUUCUACAUUCAGCACUUGAAGUCUCUGGCGUUCUCUGUGUACUGCCAGUGCAGGAGGCCCCUGCCCACACAGAUCCACAUCAAGUCCCUCACAGGCUUUGGGCCAGCUGCCAGCAUUGAGAUGACCCUCAAAAACCCUGAGAGGCCCAGCCCAAUCCAGCUGUACUCACCUCCUUUCAUCCUGGCCCCCAUCAAAGACAAGCAGACAGAGCUGGGAGAGACGUUUGGAGAGGCCAGUCAGAAAUACAACGUGCUCUUUGUGGGGUACUGCCUGUCCCACGAUCAGCGCUGGCUCCUGGCGUCCUGCACCGACCUGCACGGGGAGCUGCUGGAGACCUGCAUUGUCAACAUCGACCUGCCCAGCAGGUCAAGGAGGAGCAAGCUGUCUGCCCGGAAGAUCGGGCUGCAGAAGCUCUGGGAGUGGUGCAUUGGCAUUGUCCAGAUGACAUCCCUGCCCUGGAGAGUCGUCAUCGGCCGCCUGGGCCGCCUGGGCCACGGGGAGCUGAAAGACUGGAGUAUCCUGCUCGGGGAGUGCUCCCUGCAGACAAUCAGCAAACAGCUGAAGGAGGUUUGCCGCAUGUGCGGCAUCUCUGCAGCAGAUUCCCCCUCCAUCCUCAGUGCCUGCCUCGUUGCCAUGGAGCCACAGGGAUCAUUCGUGGUGAUGCCAGACGCGGUGACGAUGGGCUCGGUGUUCGGGCGCAGCACGGCGCUGAACCUGCAGUCGUCCCAGCUCAACACCCCCCAGGACGCCUCCUGCACACACAUCCUGGUGUUCCCCACCUCUGCCACCAUCCAGGUGGCACCUGCAAAUUACCCCAACGAGGAUGGCUUCAGCCCCACCAACGAUGACAUGUUUGACCUCCCAUUCCCAGAUGACAUGGACAAUGACAUUAGAAUUUUGAUAACAGGGAAUCUUCACUCUUCACCAAAUUCCUCCCCAGUUCCUUCCCCUGGAUCACCAUCUGGCACUGGAGUGGGAUCUCACUACCAUCAUAGCAGGAGCCAAGGUGAACGUCUCCUCUCCAGAGAAGCCCCCGAGGAGCUGAAGCAGCAGCCCCUGGCUCUGGGCUACUUUGUGUCGACUGCCAAAGCGGAGAACCUCCCGCAGUGGUUCUGGUCCUCCUGUCCUCAGGCACAGAACCAGUGUCCCCUCUUCCUGAAGGCCUCUCUCCAUCACCACAUCUCUGUAGCGCAGACAGACGAGCUUCUACCUGCCAGAAAUUCUCAGCGAGUUCCUCACCCCCUCGACUCUAAGACUACAUCAGAUGUCUUGAGGUUCGUGCUGGAGCAGUACAACGCCCUGUCCUGGCUCACGUGUAACCCGGCCACGCAGGACCGCAGCUCCUGCCUGCCCGUGCACUUCGUGGUGCUCACCCAGCUCUACAACGCCAUCAUGAACAUCCUGUAGGACACACAAGCACUUGUUCUUCUGGCUGCUUCUCCCCUCCGCCCGGGAACGUGCCACGACCUGCAAAGAGCUCCGUUUGCUUCUCUUCAGACCAGUCCUGUGCUGUGCUUCUGUUCCUCCAAAAGCACAUGUGAAUUCUGCAGUGUU